AUGGAGGAGGACCGUGCCAUUUCCGAUCUGGGGCCAGAUGUGGUUGUUGAUGGAGAUGUCGAGGCCGAGGCCGUUCCGAAAGUUCCCAAACGACGAUUCAUAGGGAGGAAAGCUGCCGAUGCCAAAGCUGCAGCCAGAGCGGAGGCAAAUGGCAAUAAUGCCACGAUCGAGGAGAGUGGUGCCGUGCAGGUCGCCCCUCGAAGACGACCCGCCCGAGCACUGAACAACGUUCCCGACUCGAUCCUCCACGACCCGGAAAUCAACCACGCCAUCUCCCUCCUCCCCUCCAACUACAACUUUGAAAUCCACAAGACAAUUCACCGUAUCCGCACCUCAAAUGCCACCAAAAUCGCCCUACAAAUGCCCGAGGGUCUCCUCCUCUUCGCCACCACCAUCUCCGACAUCCUCACCACCUUCUGCCCCAACACCUCCACCCUCAUCAUGGGCGACGUGACCUACGGCGCCUGCUGCAUCGACGACUACACUGCUCGGGCCCUCGGCUGCGACCUCCUUAUCCACUACGCCCACUCCUGCCUAAUUCCAGUCAACGUCACCAAAAUUCAAACCCUCUACGUCUUCGUGGACAUUCAAAUCGACGUACCACAUCUCCUUGCCACCAUCUCCCGCAACUUCCCAACAGGAAAGACCAUCGCAAUGGUCGGCACCAUUCAAUUCAACGCCACACUACACGGCACGGCAACCCAACUCCGCUCCGCCGGCUACAACAUCCUCAUACCACAGAUCACACCUCUGUCUAAAGGCGAAAUCCUCGGCUGCACUUCACCCCAUCUUUCCAAAGACCAAUCCAUCGACUGCAUCCUCUAUCUAGGCGAUGGACGUUUCCACCUCGAAUCUGCCAUGAUCCACAACCCUCACCUCCCGGCAUAUCGCUACGAUCCUUACUCUCGUCGUCUCACUCACGAAACUUACGAUCACGACACUCUUCUCCACGACCGCUCUCUUGCUUUGACACAAGCCCGGAAAGCGAAGAAGUGGGGUCUCAUUCUUGGCUCACUCGGGCGGCAGGGAAACCCACAUACUAUGUCUCUCAUCGAAUCACAUCUGCGGGAUAGAGGAAUAACAUGGGUCAAUUUAUUACUGAGCGAAAUCUUCCCGGGCAAAUUGGCGAUGAUGAAUGAUGUCGAGUGCUGGGUGCAAGUCGCGUGUCCGCGGCUGAGUAUCGAUUGGGGGUAUGCAUUCCCUAGACCAUUGUUGACGCCGCAUGAGGCGUUGGUUGCGUUGGGAGUGAAGAAGUCAUGGGAGGUAGAGAAAACGAAGGUGGGAGAGACGGGAGAGAAGGGCGUGUAUCCGAUGGACUUUUAUGGGAGGGAGGGAUUGGCGAGGGUGAAGGAGGAGGAUGUGCCGAAACGGAGAGAAAUAGGCGCGAAGGUGGUGGAGGCCGUUGCGUGAGAGCACACAAGCAUCAUAAGCUACAUAUUU